AUGAGGCGAGACCAUGCCCCCGAGCGCUACUCAAACUACACCCCCCUCAAGACCAACAAAGAGGCCAUUCUGGCCAUCGCCGGGACUGAGCUACCGAUCCUGCGGCAGGGUCGACACGAGUACCAAGGGAAGCGAGACAAAGCCCGGUAUUGCAAGUACCACCGAGCAUACGGCCACUCAACCAAUGACUGUUACCAACUGAAAGACGGAAUCGAGGCGUUGGUCAGGCGAGGGAAGCUACGGGAGCACGUAGCGGCACCACAGACCAACCCCGACCCCUCGGUGGAGACACCCCAGGCACCCGGUCCCAAAAGGUUAAUAUCCACAAUCGGAGCAGGCCCCUCACCGGGCGGAGACACCAACCGAUCUAGAAAGCGUUACGUCCAUUUGCUCGGCCAGGAAACGAGCCAUGCUUUCUCCAUCGGUAGCUCCCCCCAACCCUUCAAACGGGCUAGAGCCGAUCAUCUUCACCUCAGACGAUGGCCACACCUCUCAACCCCACAGUGA